AAGAUAAAAGAAAUGACGACACCGCUUUCCAAUGUUUUCGCCCAAACGGCAAAUACACUGGGCGGGCAAUUCGCUUGCCAAAAAUCUGAUCUCUCAACAAUGUUCUCAUCCUUAUGCCAUCACUGCUGCACCCCUUCUAUUUUUUUUCCUCUUCCAUCCCCCGCCACCAAGCCUCUUUCGUUUUCACGGCCGCUACGGUUCGCUCGCCGUCUCCGUCUCCGUCUCCGUCUCCAUCUCCAUCUCUCCCCCCAACAAGUCUUCUUAUAUUCAAACUCUCCCUCCUUCCUAAUCCCUCCAACCAACAACCAAAAACCUUCUCCACACUCUCCCCGUCCAUUCUCCUCUCUCUCUGCUUCUCCCCUCCAAACGUCACCGCCAUCAACAAUGGGCUCGCUCUCCGCUCCCGACGGCACCGGAGGAGUACAAUUGCCGUAUCCUCCAGCACGCAGAGACGAGUCCGUCGUCGAGGAUUACCACGGCGUCAAGGUCUCCGAUCCUUACCGAUGGCUGGAGGAUCCUGAUUCGGAGGAGACCAAGGCGUUCGUGGAAGAGCAGGUGAAGCUGACUGAUUCGGUGCUGAGUACUUGCGAGUUGAGGGAGAAGCUCAAGGAGAGGAUUACGAAGCUGUUCGACCAUCCGCGCUACGAAGCGCCGUCCAAGCGUGGGGACAAGUACUUCUACUUCCACAACACCGGCCUUCAGGCCCAGAGCGUCCUCUACGUUCAGGAUGGCUUGGAAGGCAAGCCAGAGGUGUUGCUUGACCCGAAUACGUUGAGCGAGGAUGGCACGGUGUCGCUAGGGACGCUAAAAGUGAGUGAGGAUGGGAAGUACUUGGCCUACGGGCUUAACUCGAGUGGGAGCGAUUGGAUAACCAUCAAGGUCAUGCGGAUUGCGGAUAAGAGAGUUGAGGAAGACACAAUAUCAUGGGCAAAAUUUACCGGGAUCAGUUGGACACAUGACAGCAAAGGGUUCUUCUAUAGCCGUUACCCUGCUCCCAAAGAUGGAGAGAAGUUGGAUGCUGGGACUGAGACUGAUAUCAAUCUGUAUCAAGAAUCAUGUUACCAUUUCUUGGGUACAGAUCAAUCUGAGGACAUACUGUGUUGGAGAGAUCAAGAAAAUCCCAAGCAAAUCAUGGGUGCGACAGUGGCAGACGAUGGGAAGCAUCUUCUCCUAUAUAUAAGCGAGGGGUGUGAUCCAGUCAACAAAAUAUACUACUGCGAUAUUUCUACACUUCCUGGAGGACUACAGAGUUUCAGGGGAUCAAACAAACUUCUCCCUUUCACUAAGCUUGUGGAUAACUUCGAUGCUAAGUACGAAGCGAUAGCAAACGAUGGCGCCUCAUUCACUUUCCUGACCAACAAGGAUGCUCCUAGGUAUAAGCUAGUCCGGGUGGAUUUGAAUGACCCGAGUUCAUGGACAGAUGUUGUCCCGGAAUCCGAAAAGGAUGUAUUGGAGUCAGCAGAUGUGGUCAAUGGAGACAAAUUGAUACUGAGUUACCUGAGUGAUGUCAAGAAUGUGUUGGAGAUCAGGGACCUAAGAACGGGUUCAUUUCUGCAUCAGCUGCCUAUUGAUAUAGGUACCGUGACUGGGGUAUCUGCAAGGAGACAGGACAAUGUAGCUUUUAUAGGAUUUACAAGCUUUCUUUCCCCUGGAAUUAUCUACCAAUGUGAUUUUGGAUUUGGAGAUCCAGAAUUGAAGGUAUUUCGGGAAACCAUUGUACCUGGAUUCGAUCGCUCAGAGUUCCAAGUGAAGCAAGUUUUCGUGACUAGUAAGGACGGCAACAAGUUCCCAAUCUUCAUUGGGUCGAAGAAGGACACAAAACUGGACGGAUCGAACCCAUGCUUGCUAUACGGAUACGGUGGAUUCAACAUCAGCAUCACUCCAUCCUUCAGCGUUACUCGGGUGACACUCGCGAAACAUUUGGGUGCUGUCUUCUGCAUGGCCAACAUCCGCGGAGGUGGAGAGUAUGGCGAGGAAUGGCACAAAGCAGGGUCGCUCGGCAAGAAGCAGAAUGUCUUCGACGACUUCAUCUCUGCCGGUGAGUAUCUUGUGUCAGAAGGCUAUACCCAGGCGAAGAAGCUAUGCAUUGAAGGCGCGAGCAACGGUGGUCUCCUCGUCGGAGCCUGCAUAAAUCAGAGGCCGGAUUUGUUUGGCUGUGCGCUGGCUCAUGUUGGUGUCAUGGACAUGCUACGAUUUCAUAAGUUCACAAUAGGCCACGCUUGGACUAGUGAUUAUGGCUGUUCAGAAAAGGAGGAAGAGUUCCAUUGGCUGAUCAAAUUCAAAUUUUCCAUUGCUGUGUUUCUCUGCAACUUGUGCAGAUACUCUCCACUGCACAAUGUGAGGAGACCAUGGGAAGUGAGCCCCGAUGUUCAGUACCCUCCGACCAUGUUGCUGACUGCUGAUCACGACGAUCGGGUCGUUCCACAUCACUCUCUGAAGCUGCUGGCGACGUUGCAGUAUGUUCUGUGUACCAGCUUGGAGAACAGCCCACAAACCAACCCGAUCAUCGGCCGGAUUGACCGGAAGUCCGGCCAUGGCGCCGGCCGUCCGACUCAGAAAAUGAUUGAUGAAGCGGCGGAUCGGUAUGGGUUCAUGGCGAAAAUGGUAAACGCAACAUGGACCGAGUAGAAACAUAAAUGAGAGGGAUAUCACGAUCCGAGCUCUCUCCGUCGGUUGAUUCCAUCGGAAUGAGGUUUUUUUUUUUUUUUGCUCACGUUGUAAGAUAAGGAUCUAAGGGUAUUUUCCACGGCUAUAGUUUAUGUGGGAGGAUGGUGAUUAAAUGCUCUGGUUUCAGAACAUUUAUGGCAAUGGUACCCACCAACAAAGUAAUGGUUCUAUAACUUGUUGCAUUUUGUUAGGUGAAGUGCAACUUGUUAUAUAUCUAAUUAUUUGCUCGAGUAUUGUACCAUAUGAACAUCGACAUACGAUGAUUAUUGCAUAUAAUAGAUGCCUAUUCAAACUCAGA